GACACAGCAAUGGCUGGUGCAAGGGAGACGGGGAAUCGGUUGCGGUCCCGCGCAGUUUUGACCGCAUGAUGGUACGACGUGUGCGUGGCGUGGUGGGGGUCAGACAGCCCCUCGUCAACGACCUGCGUCAUACACCUAAACUCUUACUUUGCGCCAGCAGCCCUGAAUGAUGUUUGGCGGUCCUUCCAAGCCCGAGCCUCAGGGCCCCCUGACUGCUUCUCUCGCUGCCAAGAAGCUUUUCGUUUCGUUUAAGAAGGCUGCUUGGAUUUCCUCGACCACUCUGCUCGUGCUGCUGGUGCCUCUGAUCAUUGAGAUGGAUCGCGAGGCACAGAUGAUUGAGCUUGAGAAGGAGCAGCUGAGCGUGCUCACCGGUGGCCCUGCCGCCGCGAAGGCGUAAUCAGCUCGACGUGAGCAUCUUUGUACUCGCUCGCUGGUUUAGGAGCCGGAGCCGCAGCGCCCCGGUCGCUCAUUAGGACUUUCGGACGUGAAAGCUGGUCGCUCAGCCAGGAUCGGGAGGCAGGAAGGAUGUCGUCGGCAAACCCGCGCACGCUUGCCGGGCCAAUCGUGCAGCUCUUCCGCGACGUUAUGAAGCUGCACCGUGAGCGGCUGCCCCCGCCUAUGCGGGACCUGGGGGAUAGCUACGCUCGCGCGGAGUUCCGCAGCCACCUGCGCGGCAAGACGACCAUGGAGCAGUGGAAGCAGUUUGUGCGGGAGUGGCAGGUCUACCUCGCCACGCUGCGUGGCGAUGAGCAGGCGGCCGCCAGCGCGGACGCAAACGUGGCGCGUGUGUUUGAGCUGCUGUCUGACGACCAGCGCAAGCGCAUGGACCAGCUGCAGCAGGAACUCAACAGCCGCACCGGCGGAGGCGGAGGAGACAGCGACGGUGGCGACGCCGGGCGCGGCCCUCACCAGUGAGGGGCGCGGCGGAGCGGUGGAGUGCGGGCAGCGGCUUUGGCGGGGCAGGAGGCAACAGUGUGCUUUGUUGGGCAGGAUGGGAUUUCUGGGGGCCGGAAAGGGUGAGGCCGCGGCGCGGCACGGGUCUGCGCCCGUACUGGCGGGUUGAUGCCGGUGGCAAGUUCGUGCAGUGGCGGCGGCGGCCAGUGCGUAAGCGGGAGCUGUGGUCCGUACUGGCACCCUGUAGCAGUGGUUUCGGGCGGUUGCGUUGGUGUAGAAACUAGCCAGGGCUUGCCGUGCCAAUGCGAAAGCAUGCGGAUGCAGGAGAGGCAUGCGAGCGGUGUUGUGCGCUGCGAAGCUCUGCUUGCCUGGGCCUCGGUUGGACCAGACGAAGGCAUCAUGCAAGAGUUUGGGUUGUUGGUCUGGUGAAUGAUUACUACUGGUCUGGUUGCGGCCAUCCAAGAGGACUGGGACGCUGCGGGUGCACAUCACAGCUGAGGCUGGGGUUGCUACUGUGUGUUGUGGCCAUUGCACUGCUGGACUCGGUUUGCGCAGCGCUGCAUCCAGAGGGUGUGCACGGCCGCGCCGUUGGCGGCUGCAAUACGGAUGGUCAUGCUUGCAUGCUGCCCAGUCUUGGGCUCUCUGUUGUCCGGUUUGGCGAGGUGCGCGUUGUGCAGAACGGCGCUAGCUGGGCGCAGUGCCUGGCUGGGUGCAAUGCCAUCUGUGCGCGUGUGUUGCGUCGAGACCCCGUGUGGUGGCGGCCGGUGCACGCCGCUCGCCCUGUGUAUGGCGCUGUUGUAACUGCCAGCCGCU